GUGCCUCUCCGAACUACCGCUGCCACGAAUCGAGCUUGUCCUCACUGAGCCUGUGAACCUGGACGAAAAUGGAGUGUGUGUGUGUGUCUCAGUGAGGAAUUAACGCGAUGUAAGCGUUUAUGAAGAAGUUAUAGACGAGCAACAGAGGUUUUGAGCUCUCAGAUGAGUUCCCAGGAGGCAGCCAAGAUGGGGGACCUCUUGAAAACUGAAACAGAUCUUCUUGGGAUGAUUAAGGAGUACCUUAAAUUUGAGGAAUUUGAAGAGACUAUUGAAAGUUUCGACAAGGACUGCAAAAGCAAAGGAAAGCUCGUCUCCGAACCUCAAGGAGGCACUCAAAGAGACUCAAAGAUCAGAGCCAUUCAGAAAGACCUUCUUUGCUCUUUUGAUGAUGGAGAUCAACAAGUGUUCUUCGAAUUGUGGACAGAGAACAUUCCUUCUGAUGUAAAAGACAUAGAUGCCGAGGCUCUGAGGCUGGAGUUCUACCUUAACAUCCAUUUCUCCAUCUACCCUCUGAGGAGGCACCCUCUUCAACAUGACAGAGCCGAGUUCGAGAAGAGGAUUGCCCUCUUCAGAAAGUACCUGGAUACUCGAGGAGCAGCGCUGAGUCAGUCUGCAGAGUUCCUGCCUUACUAUGCCUUGCCUUACGUUCCCAACCCCACCGUCCACUCCUCCUUCAAAUAUCUUUUCCAUGAUUCCUGGAUACCACAGUUGAAGAAUAAGCUGGAGCAGUUUCUGACGGCGACACUGAAGCCGACCUUCGUUCCCAGGUUGCUGGAUUUAUAUGAGGACGGAAAGAGUACAAAAGAGAGCAUGCAGCAGUUACAGCUCCAACUCAGUGAAUCAGAACGGCGCGUCGCCAACUGUGUGCGGAAGUUCAACAAGAUGCAGUCCGACUACCGCAACCUGGUUGGAAUCACUGCCGAGCUGGUCGACUCUCUGGUGGCCACUGUCAGCGGAAAAUUGAUCUCCCCCGAGUACUUGCAGAGUGUGUGUGUUCGUCUGCUCAACAACCAGAUGAAGCAAGGCGUGGUGCAGAGCACGGACUUCACCAGACCCGGCACUGGAUAUUACUCUAUGAGUCCUUAUGAUGAUGGCUAUGCCUCCUCACUGCUCCGAGCAAGCAUCGCUCCACAGAGACCCAAGGAGGGGCAGAUAUUCCCCUCCCUCGACUACGAGAAGCUGAAGAAAGACCUGGUUGAAGGUGCAGACAGACUCCAGUCUCUGCUGCUUCAGGCCCUGCGCUGGAGGCUGACUCGCUCGCUACAUAAUGAACAGAGAGAAUCCGUGCUUCAGGCCUAUAUCAGCAAUGAUCUGCUGGAAUGCUACAGCACUAAACAGAAAACCGUGGUCCAUCUGUUGAGGUCAAAGAACGAGAUUGUCCGGCAAUACAUGGCUCGCCUCAUCAAUGCAUUCGCCUCCCUUGCAGAGGGUCGGGUCUACCUCUCCCAAAUCCCCACUCUUCUGAAACUUCUGACAGAGAUUUUCAAGCAGGAGGAGAAAGACUCCCUAGUGAGAGAGAUCGUGCUCAUUGCCCUGGAGAAACUCACCCUCAGGAGGAGCCUGCAGAUGGCCAUGAUUGCAGACAAUCUGAUUGGCUGGCUGGUGGAUGAGCUGCAGGACCCAGACUGCCUGAAUGACAUUAACCUGGAGUUCAGUGCAGCUGUGCUAAUGAACCUGUGUCUGCACACAAAAGGAAAAAAGAAGUGUGCAGAGAACGCCAAGCAUGUGCUGAAGGUUCUUACUGACCUCCUCGGACAUGAGAACCAAAGGAUUCAACAAUAUGUGAACGGAGCCCUGUACAGCAUCCUGUCCAUUCCCUCUUUGAGACAGGCAGCCAGAGAGAUGGGUGUCGAGGAGAUUCUUCGCUGCUACAGCAAAGGGGAGAACCCAGUCCUUAACAGACAGAUUGAAUACAUCAUCAAACAACUGAACUCAACUGAAGAAGAGGGGCCAGAAUCAGACGACGAAGAGGAAGAGGACGAAAAUGAUGAGGAUAUAUUGGAGACCUAUUGCGACAUAGAGGAAGUUCUCCAACCGCAGCCCAGGGAACUGUCUGGAGAGAGUCUGCUCACCACCGAGUACCUGGGAAUCAUGACCAACAUGUCUAAAGUGAAGAGGAAAUCCAUCCCUAUGACGCAGCCAAGUGCUGACGAACCACUACAGCGCCCAGUCACACCAAGUUCUCAUCGUAAUGUCAACGCCGCUGACUAUCGAGCUGGUAGUCCGUGGUGUGGGGUCAGCAGGGACAGUGAAAACUCUCUGAGUCGACAGAAGAGCGAGGAUGGAAGCCUUGUGCCCUCCAGGUUCAACUCCAGACCUCCUACGCGCUCCGGCAGUCGCCCCAGCACUUCUGACUCCCUACGUCACAGCAUCGACUCACAGUGUGGCCGGUUGUCCCAGGAUUCAGAGCUGGACGGCCCGUACGAAGCACCGGCCACAAAGGGACGCUCCCUCGAGGAACACAAUGGAGACUUUUCCAGUGAGAAUUUUAACACCGGGUUUAUAAGCAGGCACGAAAUUCCUCGGUCAAGCACGGAGGGCGGCCUGAACAGCCUGGCCCCUCAGUUUUCCCAGCCAGGAACCGCCAGCUCAGCGGAAGGAGGCGGACCGCACAGUGGAAGCAGCCAGUCAAACAGGAGGUGAAGAGGGAGCUGUCACCGGGGAGUAGCGCUAUCUCCCCACGAGCAUCGGGCUUCCUGUAACACCAUACCCCCAGGUUGCGAUCAGGGUCAGAGCUACAGAGAUGUUCGAGGAUCGGCAGCGAGGGUGGAGAAGGAGGAGGAGGAGGAGGAGGAGGGGCUGGAACAAUGUGAAGGAUUGUGGCUCUGUGUUUUCCUCCUCCCUCGUCUUUAGCGCAGACUUCCUUCUGUAACAUGAUAUGCAGCCGGGCACUGAUCACAACCCCCAGCCGUGCAGCACUGUUCACCUUGUAGCCUGAGCUAACCUCCCAGUUCCUCCUCUCCCUCAUCCAGGCGGUAGUUGUCACACCUAAAUAUUCCCACAGUUGGAUAACUGUAACCCAUUAAUGUCACUUGACUGUAUCACAGAUUGGUUUUUGGAUGUUUCUCACGACUUAUGGAUGUUUCAAAAUCUUUCUAUGACUUUCACAAAGUUGAAUUAUUUAAGAGCAGCCGCAGCUGUUUUCUUUUAAUCGAUUCUACGCCUAUGGGGGGGGAAUAAACACCUCAUUUGUAAAUGUCUCAUCUUGAUUCUACAAAUUUAUAAUCCUCUGAAUUUCCGUCAUGUUCU